AUGCAGUCACUUCCAGGGGCCUUCCUGAAGAAAUUAAUGAUGGCAAAUGUGAAUGCUAGGAGUGUGACACUAAAAAGUGACACUGAUGAGAGUGACUCUGAAAACAGUUAUGUAAUUAAUCCAUUGGACCUGAUAACUGCCCUGUUUCUGUGUUCAGAUGGUUUCCUGCAGCAGGAGAUGGUCCAGAAAAUGUCCAUGUGUCAGUUUGCUGUUCCUCUGCUGCUGCCCAACUGUGACACAGAACAAAGCACUUUGAUGCUGUGGGCCUUGAGGGACAUAGUGAGGAAGUUUAGACCCUCUUCACAAGUAGACACAAAGUCCUUCAUAGAGGAGAGAAUUGUACUCUCUGAUAUCCCUAUGGUGUCCUUUGUUAGGCUAGGAGACAGCGACUUGUCCAAGUCUAAUAUGUUGAACAAACUGCUAAGUAAUCCUGACACAUUUGUCCAUCGUGAUAUGGACUGUGGUGAUGUACCUCGGAAGAUUUCAGAUGGUCUAGUUGAAAUCAGCUGGUACCUCCCAUGUGGGAAAAGAAACAUAGACAGGUUCACCAAGCCUGUGGCUUUUGCCAAUCUCAGAGGAGACAUCAGGUCCUUUAAGACACAGUUUUCCUUUCUGUGUCAAACAUCAGCAGCAAUUUACAUGUUUAGUGAUGAAUUAGAGGCAGAUUCUGAGGUUUUGAAAGACAUAAACACAGAGUUAUUUCUGGUUGUUAACUCUCAGAGAAAAACAUUCACAGGAGACAAAGUAACACAUGUAAUAGAAAAGAAGGGGAGGAAUGAAGCAGCAUUUGUAAAAACCCUGCAGUCAUCUGUGGGUGAUGUAAUUGAAAAAUGCCAAAACAAAUUGACAAUUGAAAAAAUGGAUGGUAUUGCUCGUCAGAGUGGGAUUCUGGUUGAUGAAGACCGUGAUGAGUGUCAGAGUGCCAGGAAGAUGGCAGAUAAAAUCACCAGCAACAUCACAGACACAAUUAAAUUCAAAGACAAACAACUACCCUUACAAGGGCAAAUCUGGAAAGAGCUUUCCCAGUUGGAGAAAGAGAGAUGUAGACUGAGAAAAGCAGGAGGUCAAGACAUUGAACACUACAAGAGCUCUCUGAAUAAAAAGGAAAUAGAACUCAGAAAAAAACAACAAAGCUUUGAUAUGACAGAGGCAAUGACAAAUUUCCUAAUCGGCAUGUCAAGUUCAGAAGUGGAGCGAUCCUAUUUCAUCAAAUGGAUGCGGAUAUAUUUGGACAAUAUGUCACGGAAGAAUCUGUCUGGUUUACGAGAAAAGUAUAAAAUGCUCCAGGAAAAAGAAUCUGCAGAGAAAAAAGACAUUGCAGAUUUGGAUAGGCAAAUAUCUGAUGGUUCCCUGGGACUUGAACACUUCCUGCGUGAGUUGGGCCAGUUAUAUGAAGCUUCCUGCUCCCUCCCUGAAGACAGUCCUCAAAGGAAACAGAUGGAGCAUCUCCCUGGAUUGUGUGCUCAGAUGCUGUUGGAUGGUUUCCCCAUUGAGCUUGUGGACGGAGAUGCAUCAAAUAUCCCUCUGAAAUGGAUAUCAGCUGUUCUGACUCAGCUUCAUACUCUUGUGGACUCUAACAGCAAGAUCCGGGUUGUGACAGUUUUAGGGGUCCAAAGCACUGGGAAGUCCACUCUCCUCAACACCAUGUUUGGGGUCCAGUUUGCUGUCAGCAGUGGAAGAUGCACCAGAGGGGCCUUCAUGCUACUGAUUAAAGUCAACAAAGACCUCAAGGAGGAAUUGAAAUGUGACUUCAUCAUGGUUAUUGACACAGAGGGGUUGAAAUCACCAGAGUUGGCCCAACUAGAUCAUAGCUAUGAACAUGACAAUGAACUGGCCACACUGGUGAUUGGACUCAGUGAUGUCACAAUUAUCAACAUGUCCAUGGAGAACUCCACAGAGAUGAAAGACAUUCUACAGAUUGUUGUUCAUGCUUUUAUCAGGAUGAAGGAAGUGGGGAAGAAGCCGAUAUGUCAUUUUGUGCACCAGAAUGUGUCAGACAUGUCUGCUCAUGACAACAACAUGAGGGACAGGAAGAAGUUGUUGGAACAGUUGAAUGAAAUGACCCAGGCAGCAGCCAGAAUGGAGAAGAAGGAGAAUAUCACCAAGUUCACUGAUGUGAUGGAGUAUGAUCCAGACACAAGCAGUUACUACAUCCCAGGACUCUGGCAUGGGACUCCCCCAAUGGCUCCAGUCAAUGCUGGCUACAGUGAGGCUGUAUAUGACUUCAAAAAGAGCUUGAUGAAAGAUUUUAGAAUAUGCCCAAAAAAUGAUGAUUUGACACAUUUCAUGAAGUGGACAGAAAGCUUGUGGGAGUCUGUUAAAUUUGAGAAAUUCAUCUUCAGUUUCAGAAACAGCUUGGUUGCAGAUGCGUACUCCAGAUUGUGCUCUGAGUACAAUGGUUGGGAAUGGGCCUUCCAGAAAGAGAUGUAUACAUGGAUGAUUGGUGCUGAAACCAACAUUUCUAAUUUUGGCAUGACAGUUCUUAAUCACCAGAUCACCAUAAGAGAUAUGCUUAAGGACCUGAUGAGGGAAGCAUCGGAGAAACUGUCAGUGGGGGAAGAGGAAAUCCAAAACAAUCUAAUUACAUACUUUAAAAAGCAAGAUGGCCAUGUCAAUCUGGUGGAAAAUUACAGGGAAGGCUUUGUGUCCAGUGCCAAAACACUGAGACGAGAGACACAAAACACAGUGAGUAACGUUCUACAUGGAGCUGUUGAAAUCAAAGAGGGAAUGGCCCAACUGGAUGACAUCAAGAGUUCACAGGCAAAUACAAUGGAGAACAAGGUGCUGGCUUUGCUGAAAACCUGUAGACAGAACAAAUCUGAUUUAUCAGAACAGGACCUCAUAGAAGAGUUUGAAAGAAUGUGGAAGAAAACUCUGUCUGAGAUCAAAUUCAGAGGACUCACAAGAAGAGAGGUUGCUCAGGAUGCCUUCAGCAUUUUACAAGACCAUUUAUCUACGAGGUCGGGUUAUGUCCGAAGUUUGUUGGAUGGAAACAGCUUGGUUGAUUGUGGGAAGAGGCCAUUUGCUGUAGAGUCAGGGGAUUGGUGGCAGAAGACUAAAGACCUUGUGAUGCACUGGAAUAGAGACAAUCUCAGGAAGAAACUACAAGAGUUGUGUGACAACAUCAUAACACAGUGUCAAGAGUUUAUAACCCAGAAGGUGAAAAGCAAAACAGAUUACCAUGACACUGACAUCAAAGAGCUUCUUGAAAUAAUUGAUCAAACAUCUCAACAAAACAAGAAACGUAAAGUUCCUGAGGAAUGUGAGAUUAAUCUGAAGCUGCACAUCUGUGGUAUAGCAGCGAGAACAUUUCAAAAGAAACAUGAUGAUUUAAUUGCAGUCAACGACCCCCGAAAAUGUCUGGAACAGUCUAAGAACAAGUACCUUACUGACUUCAUAGACUUGUUUCAUAACCGAGACCAGUGCCUGAAGAAAGCUGAAGAGUUCACAAAGCUCUUACAGCCAGCUGUACAGGACUAUGUGACCAAAAUGAUUGGUCCUGAUGUAGUUGAUGAAAUGAAGACCGGUGAAGGGUCAGAGGAUUACAGCGCCCGAGGGGCUUUCCAGUUCUCCAUUUUAAAACAGCUACUGAUGGAUGGGAAAUAUGACGGGAACUACAGAGAAUACAUAAACCAUUAUGAAAAGUUUGUGAAGGACUGGCUGUUUGAACAAAUUGCACAACAACUCUCAAAGGACCGCAGUUUGGAGAAGUUGGAGAAGAAACAUCUUUCAGAGAUAGUCAAGAUAAUUACUGAUUCAAUUUCUAACAUCAGAAAAUCACACAGCACUGUAAAAGAUAUCAAUACUUUCAUUCAGAACAUCUGCAGUGCCCUUGGAAAGAAGCUUGUCUUCCCCAAGGAUGGUCUGGAUUUGAUCAUGACUCUGAACUACUCUGAAAAUACAGAACAGUUUGCUGACUACCUAACAGAUUAUGUGGGAGAAAUGGAGCAGUCACUAGCAGCUGAGUAUGACAAGGGAGGAGACAUCAAAGAGAGACUCAGAUCUCUGCCAUUCAAGCCUCAGGACAAGAUGUUCACCAGUCUGUUUGGCUGUGGGGAGGUAUGUCCCUUCUGCAAAGCACCCUGUGAAGCAGGAGGGAAGGAGCAUGCCAAACACUUUACCUCCAUUCACCGUCCACAAGGAGUCAGUGGUUGGAGGAAUUUAAAGACAACGGUGUUAGUGACUGACAUAUGUUCCUCUGAUGUGAUUAGUGACAACACAUUCAGGACCUCCCUGACAGAAGGCAAAUUUCACCCCUACAAGGACUACCAGACAUAUUACCCUGACUGGAUCAUAACUGGAGACACCAGCAUUGAGGCUUCAGACUAUUGGAAGUAUGUGAUGGCAACAUUCAAUGAGACAAUUGCUGAAGCAUAUGACGCACUUCCUGCUGAUAUCCCAGAGGACUGGAAUAGAUUAACAGCUGAGGAUGCAAUGAAGAGCUUGAAGGGCUCAUUCAACAUGAAAGACUAG